AUGGGUCUUCGUAGACAAAGACGGGAACGAACAACACUGAGACAAAGCAGCAGAACGAUCUCUUCACCACUGAUGGCAGAAGCAAUGGCCAUCCGAUCGGUACUUAACCAAGCACUAGAUCACGGCAUCACCAACAUCAAACUCUACUCAGACGCUCAGGAUCUCAUCCGAGUCAUCAACUCGCAGGAGCAAGUAAAGGAGAUCUAUGGUCUCCUUUUCGACAUCUUCACUUUUGUAUCUAUGUUCACUUCGAUUUCGUUUCAUUUUGUUCCUAGAUCUAAGAAUUUUCUCGGUGACUCUCUUGCAAAGAUCGCCAAGGAAAACUUAGAGCAUGUUUAA